GUGCGCAGCCUGUUUUAGACAAGUGAAAAGCGGCGCAAUCAGCUGUUUUGCUUGUGCUUUGAAUUGUGUCGAGGAAGUUAUGUUUUGGAGAGAACUCCUCACAAUGGCAGCCUCCACCGAUGGCCUUCUUCACGCGCCAUUCCUUAAUCUUAUCUCAUGUAAAAUUUUGCCCCCUGACAAAUUUAGUCUAUGGGACAUUUUGACUUGCACAGCGGUGUGUGGUGAGGUUAUGUAUGUCUACUGGUAAACAUUUGGUUGCACACGCACAAGUGGCAUUGGUCUCAAAAAAGUACCGGAUUUACGCUGAAUAUUAAUUUAAACUCAACUGAGCAAUAAUCCGCAAUCUCUGCAAUGCAUAUAUUUCGAUUGCACAUUCAAAUUUGUACUUGCCGCUCUUUCACUUUGCUCAGAUGUUCUCAGUAGUUUCAAAACUGCCACCAGGAGCGCUGAACUCAAGUUUGUAAACAAAUGUCGGGGCGAGCGGUCUCUGCAAGUUCAGUCGCCUGAGGUCCCCAGAACAAAAUAUUGAAUUUCGAAAAGUAUCCUUGUCACGACAAAUAAUAAGUGUCUUCUUUGCAAUAAAUAUACUGCUUUAUUUUUAAAUAUAAUGUCGCACAGUGACAGGGAGCUUUCAAAAUGUAGGAGAUCUAGCGUGAAAGAGGGUGAUGGAUCAGAUCUAAGCUUGAGUGGUUCUCAGGUCAGUCUCGUAUCCAGGUCUCGUUCUGUUAUGGGAAAAGCAAGUAUACGAGCACUUGCUGUGUCUAGUUCCAGAGUCAGGAGGCCGAUGUCAGCAGUUCCUACAAUGACAUUCAAUGAAAUAACUCGAGACAAACGAAGACCAUAUUCUGCGGAUAGCCAGAUGCUUCUUUCAUCUUAUCAGCAGAAACGCAACAAACUUUCUGCCUGCUUCUCUAUGUCUGCGGAUCCUAUGGGACUGGCCCCAAAUGACUUUGAAACUGAUGGAGAUGUAGAGUUUUCUUCUUCAACACUCGUCAGUUCCCAUUUAUCAGAUCAGCUAGGAGGUGCAUGGAUGGAACUAGAAACAAGAGGUUUAUAUUUAGGCCGUUCUGAUCGCAAUCAUAUUUCAUCUUCAACCGACAAUGGGUCUGAUCUGCCAUGCUGCAGUGAUGCUUCUGAGGAACAUUCGUCUGAAAAAAGUUUAGGCAAACAAAUACAAGCCAUGGCAAGAGAUCAUUUGCAGCAUGACAGUGCAGCCUAUGGUCCUUCAAGCCCUCUUGUUAUAGAAUCCAAAGGAGAAGUUAACAAUGACCCAAAUGGAUUUAUUAACGAGGAAGAUACAAAGAAAAUGUCCACAAAAGAGUUACAUCAACGUAUGGUUGAAUCAGGACUUCUUUUUUCCUCUUCACCCUAUGGCGCUAGUCAUUCCUUCAAAAGGGAUGAUGACUUCAAACAAGUCAGCUACAAACCAGAUUUGGAUGGAAGGGAUGAUAGCCCUCAAAAAAGAAAUCUCUGUAGUUCAGUUAAUGAAGUUUUAAAACCAAAUCCUGCCUCCUCGGAAUUUUGGAGUCAACACCAUUCAUUUUAUCAGGCUCUGAAUAAAUCAGAUUCAUGUGGUAUUGAGCAAAUAAGCUUCCCAAAGGAACAUGAUGUUGAUUCCUUAGGAGGUGACUCGAGCUGUAGUAACAAUGGCUCUGAUUUACAGAGAAGAAACAGAACCUCUGGUGCUCUUCCAGACCAUUUUGAGCAUAGACCUAGUAGCAGCGAUCAGUGGUCUAAAAAUGAAUUUGGACAUGUUCGUUUUCAACAGUGGAUGACUGAUAACAGCAGAAUGAGUAGCUCAUCUUCAAAUAGAGACAACCUCACACCCACAUAUUUUUGUGGAACCCGUCACAAUACUCCCCAUGAUGAAAUUUAUCAGGACUGCACUGUAGAAGAAAUUUCUACUGAUUCUGAAUGCUCCAAGAUUUUUCAGUCAACAAGUGUGGGACUGGGAAAAGACUCCAAGUCUGAUGACAAACUUUCUAAAACUGCAACCUGCCAUCCUCCUAAAGAAAAAGAAGAAAGACCAUCCAACCAAGGCUGUCAAGCUGAACUACUAAAAGAGGAUCAAUUUGAUCUGAUGAUAGAUAGUAAAAAUGAUUGUUCUAAAUCAGAAGUAAAUUUUUUAGAUGGGUUCGCUAUUGACUCAAAGCAACUUACCCCAACUAAAGAUACUAUUAGUUUAGAGACUAAAAUUUCCAGUCCUCAGAGUGGUUGUCUGGAUUCACCAGUAGAUUCUGCUAAGCAAAGAGAGCAGGAUCAGUAUGACAUAAAGAAUAGAGUUUGUAAAAGUGUCUGUACUUCAAAGCCAGUCUUCUCUACUCAAGGGAAAAUUAAAAAUAUGACAAACACCGUGAAAAAGGAUCAAAUACCAUCAACCUCUAAGAGAAAAAGUGAUCUCAAUGGGAGUACCAGCAGCAGGAGGUUUAGUAAAAGCCCCUCGAGCAAUAGUAACCGGAAUUUUACUCCGCCAAAGGAGGAGACAUUUCCCGCAGAGUCACAAACUGAACUUGUAUCCUGGAUGUCAAUGUGUUCCGAAGAAAUGAAAGAAAAAACUGCUGAAGGAGCAAGUUCCAAUCAAAAUGAGAUUUCUGCAAAUUCGGAAAAAGCCCUUUCUGAUUCACCUUACAAUGAAAUUAUGACCAUUCUUCGAGUCUUGGAAGAAAAGGAGGAUGAAAGUUCAUUGCUAAAAAUCCUUAACAAAAGACCUGAGCUCAGAAUGGCUAAAGAUACCUCUAUGUCUGAAAACCAACAACAAAAUAAUGAGGAAAUCUGCAAUUCUUCAUCCUUAUCAUCUGGGAAAACAGAAGCUCCUCUCCAUCACCCCUCCAAACUUCAACCUUCAGAAAAAAAUGACAGUAGUGAGAAAUUUCCACAUCCAGCAAUGCUGAUGUGUUCUGAUAGCGGUACACCUCAAACACCGGUACAAGGAGAGCUAAGAGACUUGCUAACAUUUCUGGAUGCCGUGGACCAAAGCUGCUCUUCAGUUCUUCAGCCUCGUCCAAUUUCUAGUCCAAGGACUUCUCCAAGACCUCAAGUUACCCCUGUAGACUCACAACACUUAGAGGAGCUGCUUCUACUAGGACGCACAGAGUUAGCUCAAGAAAUUGUUUCCCUACGGCUUGCCCUGGAGGAUAGGGAUGCUACUAUAAACUUGUUGAGAACUGCACUGCGCGAACAUAAAGAUGCUCAGGCAAGACGCAAUGCAGCUCACAAUGCAGAAGUAGAAAAUCGUUUGAGUCAAGUCAAAGCUGAAUGUGAGGCUGUCAUCAAACGACAUCAAAAAUUCAUAGAUCAGUUGAUUGCUGACAAAACCUCUCUAAGCAAUAGGUGUGAAUCUUUGGUGCAAGAUGCUAAGGAGAGUGAAGAGAAACAUGCCAAGACAAUUGUGAAUUUGGAGGAAAAGCAUAAAGUUGAGAUGCAAAGAGUGAAAGAUAUAACAGCAGCCACAGAAAAGUUAAAAAGAGAACGUUGGGUGGAAAAUAAGACACAAAAAAUCAAGGAACUGACUGUGAGAGGCUUAGAGCCAGAGCUGACUCGUCUUACUAGUCAACACGAACAAGAAAUGUCUGCUCUCCGAACUCUUCAUGCUCAAGAACUAGAACAGAUGGAAGUCCGUGCUGCCAGAAGAGCCGCACAGCAAAUGGAAACUUUGCGGGAACAACUUGUUCAGGAAAAAGAGGAUGCAUUGGCUAGAGAGCGUGACAUGCUGAGGCAAAGGAUGGAAAAGCAGCAACUGCUCUUUGAAGAGGAAGGUGCAGAGCAGCGUCGACGUUUGGUAGCUGAAGUACGACGGGAGCAGGACCGCUUGGCAACUUUAGAAGCCAGACUGGAAACUCAGUUUGAGGAACGAAAACGCGGGCUCGAGAGGGAAGCUGAGCAAGAAAGAGACAGGGUCAGGAGAGAUUAUGCAGAUAAAUUGAAUGAAAUGCACCGCAAGCAGCAGAAUGAAAUGCUGCAGUACCGUGAAGUAGUUAAGGCUGAAAAAGAAACGUGGAUUGAGACCUACCAGCAACAACAAAAGCAAUCUCUUGUGCAAACCACAAAUGAAAUUAGAGAUCAACUCAAAAGGGAGAGGGACAGAGAAAUAGAAAAUGUUAUUGAAAGGCUUGAAAAUGAAGCUACCAUUUCAAGGGAGGAAAAAGAAAAGUUGGCAGAAAAUAGACUAAAAAGAGUACGUGAGCAGUUAACAUCAGAAUUAAGGGAUGUUGAAACAGCUUUGAAUUCUCUUAAAGUAAAACAUGCAGAACUAAGAGCCCAACUGCAGGAAAAAGAAGAUAAGUUUGUUAGUUCUGAGGCACUCAAUAGAAGUUUACAAACACAGCUUGUUGAAACUAGAAAGAUAGCAGAUCAAUUAUCUGUUGAAAGAGCAGAUUUAAAGCAAUCUUUACUACAUGAGGUUAACACUGAGAUGGAUAGCCUUCGGCAACAGUUAUCAGAACAGCAUUUGAGACAUCAGCAACAGCUUCAAAUACUUUCAGAACAAUCAGAGCGUGAGCGGCAAACACAUCAACAAGAACUUCAACAGCUGUUUGACAGGGUUAAACUUGCUAUUUCCAAAAAGGAAGAAGUUGUUAAAGUUGCCAAAGCCAAACAAAGAGCUGCCGAGGAGCAAAACUCACACCUUCAAGCUUUGUUGGAGCACAGGAGAAAAGAAUCGCUUUUAUCUUAAAAGUAACAAUACUUUACCCUGUUGUUGAAUACCUUGGAGCUAUUUUGAAAUAUGAGUUAAUUAAGUAUUAGGAACCUUAGAUUUAAACAGGUUAGUCCGUAUCAUAUGUAUUUAGAGUUUUUAUUUUGAUACUUCACCUACAAGGCAUUUUAUCUAUCGAAAAUACUAGUAUGUAAUUUAGUAUUUUCUGAGUAAGAUGAAAACUGAGGUGAAAAUCCUCUCAAUUGUGCUGUGGAAAUUUAUGCAGUAUUAACUUCGUCUAGUCAUUAACAAGCAGACUGUUUGUAAAAAUAUGAAUAAUCCUAACUUCUCAUGUGCGGUAGGUAAGAAGAAGUCAUGGGUUGUUGAAGGUAUUAGACUGUUAUAAACAUUCUAGUCUUGGAUAAAAUUUAUUUUUCUGGUAUUUUGAUCCUACUUCCAAGCACAGAAGAUGAGUACAAAAGUUCACACAAGUUAUUGCUAUUGAAGCAAUCAACUGAAUUUCUACAUACGCAGGUAUUAAAAGUAAGAAAGAAAUCUAAGAACAUAAAUAAUGCUACAAGUUUACAACUCCUCAUUAACACAUACGGAAAAUAAUUUCAUUACAAAUGCAAACAAUUUAAAUUAAUUCACCUAACAAUAUUCCAUCAAAGAAAUCUUUUAUAACAAGAGCACCUAAUAUUUUUCUGCAAGAAUUACCAUUACAAAGAUGUAAGUAUCUAAAGUCCGACCUAACUGAUUUGCAAAUCAAAUUGUGCUGAGGUGCAAUUUGUUUUUCCAGGAACUUUGGGGAUGAAAAUUGAGACUGUAAAUUACCUUGAUUUUUACUUUUCUUAUUUUACUUUUACAGGAGGCCAGUUCUUAUUUUUGACGAAACUUAAGUUUUUUUCAACAAUUUUACAUCCCCUACUGACUAGGAAUUCUGGAUUCACACAAUCUACGUGUACAUUUUCCCAUUGAAAUACAAGCUUUAUCACAGCCAGCAAUAAUCAGGUAUGAUAGUUCUUCAGAGAAAUGUGAGGUUGCCUGCUGCUGCUGUUCUUUUUCUACAAUGUCAGAAUUUAUUCCUAAAGUAAUGGUUCUUCAGAAUUUUGUUA